UGCACUUUACGUUGGUCUAGCUACAACUUCAGUGCAGUGGGAGCUUGUCGCUGUACAACAACUGGCUUCCUUCAACAACGCAAUCCGGAUCUAGCCUUGUGGGUUGCUAGGUUUACAGCGUUACAUGGCCUUAUCAAAUCUCGGUCUUAUCGAUGUACGUAAAAUGUACUGUAUAGAUAUGUAUACAGCUUUUAACUUCUUUAAAUGGGUUACUUUGCAAAAGAACUGCAUUUAAACAAGGUACGCAGUACAUGCAUAAUCAACUCCACGGACACCUGUUUGAAUUUCGUUGCAACAAGGCAUUGCGCUACAAUAUUGCAUUCAGUUAUGGACAUAUGGCAACAACUUACACAUUUUCCGAUUUUCGCAACGAAAAGAACUGCAGCGGGACGGGCUGUUUCACUUUUGUCGCAACGCUAACCCCCGCAGUGGCUCCAUCCUGUCUGUUGGUUGUAAAACCAAUGUAUGGCCAGUCGCUAUCCACUUUGUGAAUUGUGCGGUGCCCGACUUACAUUUUGAAGCGUAUUAGUUUUACAGUUGUGGAAAAGACUGCGCAACGCACCCUGAACCAUUUAGAGGGCCAGUCAGGUAAUCCAGAUUCAACCUUGUGCCUUGUAUAGUCAGCUGACCAUGGUGAGAACAAUUUCAAAAUCCCAUCUUCCGAAAAUCCUGCCUCGACUAAAGAACCAUUUCCCCAGCAGUCUUUCGGUGUACCAUAUGGCUCUGAACAUCAUGGAUAACCGGUUUGCUUGGCCUGGCAUGAGGUUUAUUGUGGAUUCGACACCUUCGCGUGCUUGCCAGCGCAAAGGCAAAGCCAAAGGCAAAGGUCCCAAAGUGUGGAUCUGCAAACCAAUGCGCUACAAGAAGCGCAGAGACUACAUUCCCAUGAUGGACAGCCAUCUUCCGAUCUUCGUGCAUGCCGUUAGUGCUAAGGCCUUUUACAAUCUGUUGCAGAAGGAACCAGACGUGUUCAAUUGGCAAGAAGGACAUCACAUUUGUUGAUAUGCACUUAGAACUGGCAGAAACGCUACUGGGUGCGCAAGAGCGCCGAAAGAUGAAGCGUCUGGUACCCAUGGAGGGAUUUCCAACAGCGACCACACUCACUUACUACAGCAUCGAGCAGCUUCGACACUGCCAUUGGAUAUUUUCUUUAGAUUACUUUCGGAGCUACCGGUUCCCUCGGACCUGCGAUUGGGAGAAUUAACCGUUGCGCAUCGUGACUUCGUCGUUGCCAACUGCAGCUACGGACAUCCAGGAUGGCGUUACCUUUUUCACCACAUGUUGAGCAACGGCUUUCCCACUGUCGCUCUGUUCGCUGGCGGGAACGAACCAGUGGCGUACUGCAUGUACCUGUUGCAUGGCUGUAUCGGCGCUGUCUACGUGCACCACGCUUACCGUAAUCGCAGUCUGUUUAAAAUCAUGCUCGGGCAUUUAUUAGCUAAACUGCGCCUGGCUGGAGUGCCAUCCACAUGGGUGCAGACCAUGCACUUUCCCCUGGAACAGCAGCUGGCGGAUCUGCGGUUUUUCGGCGGAACGGAGUAUACGAAAGGCGGUGCGGCCUUCCUCACGUGGGUUCGGUAUACUCCAACGGCAUUUGCACCCGUUGUUGAAACGGAGCGGCAGGAGGAUCAUGUGCAGUUUCAAAUUAGUGAGGAGUUCCAGGACUGGUAUGAUGGUACUUCGGAUUGGUGUGCCGAUGACCGCGAGACAUGCCGUAAGCGGUCUUCGGAAGCCGAGAAGCAGAUUAGGCAAGAUAAUGGAAAUGACCGUGCUGGGGAAGCGGUGAGGGUGCUAGCUGCUAGUGGACGUCGCAAAUCGUUGCGAGCGAGUAAUGAGCGUGAAGAUGGAUUUCUCCAGGAGAGCGAAGAUGUGAUGGCUGGUGACGACGAACUGGACGAGGAAAACGAGGAUAGUGAUUCGGAAGAGAGUGAUCUCGACGACCCGAGCGUCAUCAGCGACACAGAUGGGGAAGAAUGAGAAGCCGGUUCGCAUGCGUUACCGCUCUUACACUGUGUACAGUAUCGCUCUUUGCUCACUUGUACUGUAUUUCCCUAGCUGAAUACCUGAACCCAACCAACUAUGUUCGUUAUUACGUAUCGACUUGCCUUGUUGUUUUUUUGGGUGAAGCUUUUUUUCCGUAACUGUCUGAUUGUUGCUUCGUUUUGGGGAACCGAAGUUGAUUUGGUUUUGUAGGUACUCGCACUUGUACUCGUAUUUCAUGCAGGUCUCGGAGCUGGACUGGGACAAGCCAGCUUUAUGUUAGGACUUGCGUUCAAAAUCUUCAGUUGAAUUAUGUGUUACUGCAAUAAAGUAUGUAUUUCGA